CGCAUUCUCACCCUCUAUUCUCCUCAACGUCAUGUUGAUAGCACCUAGCUAGCUAGCUAGCUAGCUAGCUAGGGGAAGCUACAGACGAAUGGUAGACAAGAAGAGUGCUAGCUAGCUCGCAAAGUUGAGGCAAGGGUUGUGAGAAGGAAGUAGCGUGUGCGGGUGAUCUUGAUUUGCGACUUGACUUUGGGGCUGCUGAGUAAGUAGCGCUGCAGGUUUGGAUCAGAGAUGGGGAGGGGAAGGGUUGAGCUGAAGCGCAUCGAGAACAAGAUCAACCGGCAGGUCACCUUCUCCAAGCGCCGCAACGGCCUCCUCAAGAAGGCGUACGAGCUCUCCGUGCUCUGCGACGCGGAGGUGGCGCUCAUCAUCUUCUCCAGCCGCGGCAAGCUCUACGAAUUCGGCAACGCCGGAAUAAACAAGACACUGGAAAAGUACAACAACUGUUGUUACAAUGCUCAAGGUUCGAAUAGUGCUCUUGCUGGCGGUGAACCUCAGAGUUGGUACCAAGAAAUGUCACGGCUCAAGACUAAGCUUGAAUGUCUCCAACGCUCUCAGAGACACAUGCUUGGUGAAGACCUUGGACCAUUGAGCAUAAAGGAACUGCAGCAGCUGGAGAAGCAACUGGAAUACUCAUUAUCACAGGCUCGACAACGAAAGACACAGAUCAUGAUGGAACAGGUCAACGAUCUUCGCCGAAAGGAACGCCAGCUUGGAGAACUCAAUAAGCAACUGAAAAACAAGCUAGAAGCAGGAGCUGAUGGCAGCAGCUACGGAGCCACCCAGGAUUCCUGGGCCCAUGGCAGCGUCGUCAGUGGCGGCACAGUGCUGAAUGCUCAACCACCGCUAGAUAUUGACUGUGAGCCUACUCUGCAAAUUGGGUAUUAUCAGUUCGUUCCUCCUGAGGCGGCCAUUGCAAGAAACAAGGCAGAUUAUGCCGGAGGAGGUGGUCAGGACAACAACUUCGUACUGGGAUGGCCCCUCUAAAAGUCCAAGCUUGCUAAUAAAACGCUAGCGUGCUAUAUAUAUUGUGGCAAACGUUGAAACAUAUGUAUUGUCUAUACGUAUAUAUAUUUGUCCCCAGACCCAGUCCGAUGGUACUCUCAAUACGUACCUAUGCGUGUACGUUAUCUAUACUCUCAGACGAUAUAUUAUAUAUUAUUAUGGUAAA